GUUUUAUACUUCUCUUCACCUGUGUUUUCUCGAACUAGAAAGAAGCAAGAUGCCGGCCGGCCAUGGAUUGAGGUCAAGAACAAGGGAUUUGUUCGCAAGAGGAUUCAGGAAGAAGGGUACUAUCCAUCUAACAACUUACCUUAGAACUUAUCACGUCGGAGAUUACGUUGACAUCAAGGUUAAUGGCGCCAUUCACAAAGGUAUGCCGCAUAAGUUCUACCAUGGUCGCACCGGUCAGGUAUGGAACGUCACCAAGCGCGCUAUCGGUGUUGAAAUGAACAAACAGGUUGGUAACAGGAUCAUCAAGAAAAGGAUUCAUGUUCGUGUGGAGCAUGUGAUGCCAUCAAGAUGCACAGAAGAAUUCAAGCAAAGGGUUAAGAAGAACGAUGUACUAAAGGCUGAAGCCAAAGCUAAAGGUGUAGUGAUCAGUACAAAAAGACAACCUUUGGGACCAAAACCAGGGUUCAUGGUUGAAGGCACUACUCUAGAGACAGUGACUCCCAUUCCAUAUGAUGUUGUCAAUGAUCUCAAGGGUGGAUAUUAAGUCAGAAAUCUUGUUUCAGGUUCUUAUGUUAAAUUUUGUUUCUUUUUGUUUAUGGAAUUGGGUCUCUUGAUCUGUUUUCUGUUAAUUUUUAUGAGGAUAUUAAGAAUUGGUUCUAGGGUUCUGCUGUGUAUUCAACACGUGAAGGUUUUUUUUGUUAUCCGUUCA